AGGCACCUUGGAGGUGGAUCCCAAGGAAUCGGCUCUCCCCCUUAGGGGGUAAAUUACUCCUAAAAAAAGAAAGAAAAAAACUUCUAGAAGUUUUACAAGUGGUUUACUUACUUGUGCAGAAGCAAAAUUAAAUAAAUUGUAGAAGUAAUGCUGCAAAAUGAGAAUUUAAAAAAUCUAAUCUAUUAUCCAAUAAGGCUCAAUUUCUGUUGCUCAGGGUCUUGGUUUAUUGUUUUGCUUGAACAUGAUUGAAUUAUGCCUCAGCAACCCACUAUAAAGGACACUUUAGGCAGUACAAUAGCCUGCAACAAAAACUGCAGAUGUACUGUGUUGCACUGAUAUAUACAUCAAAAUCUCUAACUCAUGUUUUGGUAUUUGGAAGUUUUGAAUACAUUUUGCAUUCACAUGCCAGUGCCGUACUUGGUUUUUAAAUGAGAACGUGUUUACUAUUUUGUACACAUUUCGGAAAACAAUUAGGUUUUAAAACUACAGCCACAUGAAAGCGAAUCCUAAACUUGGAUUAAAAGCCCAAGUGUUACCCCAGUCCUGUUAGGUAUUGGAUCGGUAUGAAAGCUGGAGAAUUAAGAAUGGAGAUGUCUCGGCUCAGAGUUACUUUCUUUCUUCAGGUGUUCGUGGUUAUAUUUUGGAACUUUUUCCUGACACCGGGAGCUCAGCUUGACACACAUCUCCACGACUACUACGACGAGAACGUCAUUGAUCUACUGGAAGCCCUGAACAUCACUAGGUCUAUUAAGGGUGUUAGCAAAGCUAAAGGCUUGGAACCUGGAAUUCCAGCUUGGAAGUUCCGCCAGAGAGUGCCCCACUUGACUCUUCCACGGGAUUACUCCAUAUACUUCCUCAGCACCAUGCAGGGAUCCAUCGGCUUCCACUUCAUGGCACAGCAGGCCAAGAACUUAGACAGCACUCUCAUCUCCUUCAUCUCCCCCACUGCCAUGAAAAAAGAUGGACACCCUCUCCUCCAGCUGAUCUCUAGCACCAGGUCCAACCAGCUGCGUCUGGAGUACAGGGCAGUCCACAGCAUGGAGCCCGCCACCAUCCUAUUCCCAGGGGGCACGCCUUUCUCCAAUAGCAAGUGGGCCCGCAUGGCCCUUAACCUGGAAGCCCACAAGAUCACCCUCUUCAUCGACUGUGAAGAGUCUAUCAUAUUUGAGAAAAACCAGGGAGAAGAUGUCCUCAGUCUCAUCCUUCCAAUAGAUCUUGAAAUCACCUUUGCAAGUAUGCCAGGAAACAAGGCCAGCAAGUUCUUGGGAUACUGGCAAACAGCAGAGAUCUCUCCAAGUGGAUUCCUCAGACGCCCAUGGCACUGUGAAAACCUGUCAGAUUCAUUACCAUAUUCCCUGGCUGAGGAGAGAUCUGUUGACUCCCAGCUGGAAGCGCCUCUGAUAACGGAUCCCUCCCAACAUGUUGAGCACCAGUCUGAUUUUGCAAACUACCAACAGCAGCAAAGUGAGCCUGAGAAUUCCCCACAGGGACCCAGGCCUCACCCCCAAGCCCAGGAAGAGCUUCUUAGGAGACUGGAGGAGGCAGUGGAUAACCUCAGCAUGAUGCUGGAUAUGGUCAAGGCCCAGAACACAGACCUGGUGGCUCGUGUGAAGUACCUUGAGACCUGUGAGUGUAGGAGGCUCACGUGCUCCUGGGAGGGGCGAGAGUACGUGGAGGGGAGUAGGUGGGACAAGGACCAGUGCACAGUCUGCUUGUGUGUGAAGGGUGAAGUGCGAUGCUCUGUACGGGGCGAGUGUGCCGGUUGCAGCUAUGAAGGCAAGAUCUAUAACAAUGAAGAAUCUUUCAACUACGACGAAUGCACAACAUGUGUAUGUCUGAGUGGAGAUGUGAAAUGUACAGCAGUACAGUGCAAUAAAGUGACGUGCAGCAACCCAGUGAAGAGAUCCGGGGAGUGCUGUCCUGUGUGUUUGGAAGACUGUGUAGAUGGACGGAGAAAUGGAGAAAGCUGGAAGCCUGAUCCCUGUAGCAACUGCACCUGUGAGAAUGGCAACGUGCAGUGCCUGGGCGUCCAAUGCCCGGACUUGCCGUGCUUGGAUCAGUAUGUGCCUCCUGGGAAGUGCUGUCCUGUCUGUCGUCCAGGCUGUGAAUAUGAAGGAGAAAUGUAUGACAAUGGAGUCAUCUUCUUAUCCCGAACCAACCCCUGUAUGAACUGCUCAUGUCUGGACAGCUUGGUCAGGUGUUCCCCGGUGCAGUGUCAGCCCAUCUCGUGUGGGAAUCCUUUCCAGAAACCUGGUCAGUGCUGUCCCUCCUGCCCAGCUUGUGAACUAGACGGGAGACCUUAUGACCAUGAACAGCCUUUCACCACUCUGGAUGGCUGUCAGAAAUGUACAUGCGUGAAUGGUAAACCAUCAUGCAUAGAUAUCCAGCAGUGCCCUCACACCUGUACCCACGGAGUUAAGCCCCCAUUCGGCCCCUGUUGCAGAGACUGCUCCAGCUGUGAUUUCCAUGGGCAGCUGAUACCCAACGGGAUGUCUUUUGUGGCCAAUGGAGAUGUGUGUGAGCGCUGCUUAUGUACAAAUGGGAAUGUUGUGUGCUCAAGGAUUACCUGCCCUUCUCUUGACUGCACCGCCUUUGAAAAAGUACCAGAGAAAUGCUGCCCCAAAUGCAAAGGUUGUGUACAUGUCGGCAUUCAACAUGAGCACAAAUCAGAGUGGAAGUUACCAGACAGCCCCUGUAAUAUCUGCAGAUGUUUGGAGGGACAAGUUCUGUGUGAGAAUGAGAGGUGUAACACCCCAUGUAGAAAUCCUGCCAAGCCCACAGCGGGAUCAUGCUGCCCUAGCUGUAAUGGUUGCCAUUUGAAUGGACAGGAGUAUGUGAAUGGAGACAGAGUGUCUAAUGGAGACCGCUGUGCAGAGUGCACAUGUGUGAAUGGUGAUAUCGACUGUAACCCUAUCGCGUGCCCACCAGUGCAUUGCAGGAAUCCUGUUCAGAGGCCUGGAGACUGCUGCCCACGCUGUGAGGAGUGUGAAUAUGACUCGAAGACGUUUGUUGAUGGCCAGUCCUUCAUCUCAACCGUUAACCCUUGCCUGAGCUGCAGGUGUUCGGCAGGUCAGGUGUCCUGUGAGCGCUUGGACCCCAAUUGCCCUCCUAUUAGAUGCAGCCAUCCAGCCAAACAGAUAGGACAGUGCUGCCCCAGCUGUGACAUGUGUGAGUAUGAGAGACGGAUUUACACCAGUGGACGGGUGUUCACCCCCCCAGGAAGCAGCCCCUGCCUGCAGUGCACUUGCACAGGUGGAAAUGUGAGGUGCCAAGAGGAGGUGUGCCCAUCUGUUCAGUGCUCUAACCCUGUGAUUGACCCUCAACAUUGCUGUCCAAUCUGCAAAGUGUGUGUCCUGAAUGGAGUGGAGUUCGAGGAUGGGACAGACUGGGAGCCUGAUAAAGACCCUUGCAGCACUUGUGUCUGCACUAAUGGGGAGCCAGUCUGCCGUGUCUUACCCUGCCCGCGCAUCACUUGCCUACAUCCUACUAAAAUGAAUAGUGACUGCUGUGCAGUGUGUGACAGGUGUACCUAUAACCAGCGCAUAUACAACAAUGGACAAGACUUCAUAGACCCAGAUAGACCCUGCCAAAACUGCAGGUGUCAGGACGGUACUGUGAACUGUAUCCCCACAGUGUGCUCUCCAGUGACCUGCUCCAGACCUGAGAUGAAGGCCGGACAGUGCUGCCCCAGGUGUCCAGAUUGCAUGUUUGAAAACCGUGUGUUUGUGAAUGGAGAAGAAUUCCCUAACCCUCUGAACCCCUGCCAGAGGUGUGUGUGUUAUAAUGGCCAUGUGAACUGUGAGGACCAUACCUGUCCCGGUGCCACCUGCACGUACCCACUGCCUGGAUCCUGCUGCAAAAACAACUGUAAUGGUUGUAACUAUGCAGGAAAAGAAUAUCCAAAUGGAGCAGAAUUUCCGCAUCCUACAGACAAAUGCAAAGACUGUCACUGUAUAAAUGGCAAUGUUCAGUGUCUGUCCAAGAGGUGCCCCCCACUGCUGUGUAGCAAUCCGUUCCUGACACCCGGCGAGUGCUGCCCCCAGUGUCCCGCCGCUCCAGCUGAGUGUCUGUAUGCUGGACUCCCUUACAAACACAUGGAGCGUUUCUAUGACCCCUCUGAAAAGUGCCGUUCCUGUAUCUGCAAUAACGGGACCAUCACCUGCCAGCGCAGGCCCUGCGCCCCCAUCCUGUGUGCCAACCCCAUUUUACAGGACUGCUGUCGCACUUGUGAUGGUUGCUGGUAUGGUGGUAAAGAGCUGGCUAACGGGGAGCAGUUUGCAGACGUGUCGGAUGCCUGCAGAUUGUGUUUGUGUCGGGAAGGCACGGUAUCCUGUGAGAGGAGGGCGUGCCCUGCUGUGGACUGCCCAUUCCCUGUGCAGGCACAGUGCUGCCAGGCUUGUGAAGGAUGCAAUUACCUGGGUCAGGAGUACCUGAAUGGCCAGGAGUUCACUGAUCCCCAGAACCAGUGUAAGCGCUGCACUUGUAUGAGUGGAUUUGUGAACUGCAGUCCCAAACCAUGUUAUAACCCAGGCUGUACCCAUCCCAUUUCUCUUCCUGGAAAGUGCUGCCCAGUCUGUGAAGGAUGUUUCUAUAAUGGGGUUGUUAUCAUCAAUGGACAGACAUUCCACGAUCCAGCUGACUCCUGCUCCCAGUGUACCUGCAGGUCUGGCUCUGUUCAGUGCAUAAAGAGACUCUGUUCUCCGGCUCCUUGUCCUCACCCUGUUGUUGGGCCAUGUGACUGCCCACUCUGUGAUGGGUGUUAUUUCCAAGGAAGGGACUAUAUUGAUGGACAAACCUUUCAAGGUUCCAAAGGAGGAUGCCAAGAGUGCACAUGCUUUAAAGGUGAAGUGACAUGUGGAACAAAAAAGUGCAGUAAGGUCUCUUGUCCCCACCCUGCAAUCGACACAUGCACCUGCCCUGUAUGUGAUGGAUGUAUUUUCAGAGGCAGAGACUGUAAAAAUGGCGAAAGAUUCCUGGAUCCGAAGAAUAAAUGUCAGCGCUGUACUUGUCUGAAUGGUGGUGUCACAUGUGUAUCAGUAACCUGCCCAGCUGUGUCCUGCCGUAACCCUACCACCCCUCCUGGAGAGUGCUGUCCUCAGUGUACAGGGAUCUGCCACUACCUGGACCGGGUCUAUGAGACUGGAGCCACUUUCGACUCCCCUGCAGACAGCUGCUCGAAGUGUACAUGCAUCAAUGAGGUAGUGACUUGUCACAAGACGCCAUGCCCCCAGCAGUGUUCCCACCCAGUGCCCUCACCUGCCUGCUGCCCAUCCUGUGACCGCUGCUUCUAUGAAGGUUUUGAAUUCAGCAACAGGCAGACCUUCCACUCGCCCUCAGACCCCUGCCAGCGCUGCAACUGUCUCCAUGGAAACGUUGUGUGCACCACUGUGGUGUGCCCCCAGACAACUUGUAACAACCCCCUCACGAAACCAGGGCAGUGCUGCCCCGAGUGCCCAGUGUGCUCAUAUUUUGGGAAGGAGUAUGCAGGGGGGGUUCAUUGGCCUUCAUCCACCAAUGACUGUCAAGAGUGUGCCUGUGUGCAAGGGGAGGUGAGGUGCUCAGAGGUGCGCUGUGAUGUCACAUGCAGCUACCCCUCCCGUUUGCCCGGUCAGUGCUGUCCCCUAUGCAAGGACUGCUUCUUUGAGGGCGUGCUGUACAGCAACGGAGAAGACUUCACUCCAGACAACUGUAGGCAGUGCACCUGCAAUGGUGGGAACGUUAAUUGUGGGAACACCCUGUGCCCGAGACUGAACUGCAUGCACCAAGUGACGGACUCUGGCACCUGCUGCCCUCGCUGUAGAGGCUGUAUGUACAAUGGGAGGGAGUACACGGAUGGCAGCAGCUGGUUUGCUACCACAACCCCCUGUAUGUCCUGUAUGUGUGUGGAUGGAGUCACAACCUGUUCAGAGAUUCGCUGCGUCUCACCUUGUGUUAAUCAGAUCCAUGUUCCAGGAGAGUGCUGCCCGCUGUGUGCAGAUUGUGUGUACAAUGACAGAGUGUAUGGUCCAGGGGACAGCUUCCAGCCUGCCAGUGAUCCAUGUGAGAUUUGUACUUGUGAAGUGAUGCCAGAUGGGGAGCAGCAUUUACGCUGUUACCGUAAGCAGUGUCCAAGCCUGGUGGACUGUCCCAAGAAUCACAUUCACUUCCCUGGAUCUGACCAAUGCUGUCCUACUUGUGCACAGCCACUGAGUAACUGCACAGCCACUCUUGUUGGCAGUGAAGUCCAUGCAACAGAUGAUCCAUGUUAUACCUGUCAGUGUAAGGAUCUGACUUGGAUUUGUAUUCACCAAGGGUGUCUUCCUUUAAGCUGUCCAACUUCAGAGCAGUUCUUUUCUGUAGACUCCUGCUGCCCUAUCUGUGAUGAGUGUGUGAUUGAAGCUGAAAAUCGUCGUGUUUCUGAUGGUGAGAGUUGGACAGACAGUGUGGAUGAUUGCAUCACCUGUACAUGUAAUCUUGGUCACAUCGAGUGCCACAUUGAGGAAUGCACUUCAGUCAUUUGCCAGGAUGGCCUGGUAAAAGUGAAAUCACCAGGGAAAUGCUGUUAUGAAUGCCAAGACCCAGACAUCUCGUGCAUGUACCAGGGCACCCUGUACCAGUCCAAUGAGCACUGGGAAGUGGAUGAGUGCACAACCUGCACAUGUGUCUCAGGGGAGGUCCACUGUCAGACUGAACGCUGCCCACAGGUCUCCUGUGCAUCGGAUGAGACCCCAGCUCUGAUUCCUGGCAUGUGCUGUCCACACUGCAUUCCUCGGCCGGCUACAUGCAUUGCAUUUGGAGACCCUCAUUACCGCACUUUCGAUGGGAAAAUGAUCCACUUCCAGGGGGCCUGUACCUAUGUGUUGGCCGAGGACUGUGAAGGGGGAGAUUUCAGCAUUCAUGCAACCAAUGAUGACCGAGGUCGUAAAGGAGUCUCAUGGACUAAAGAAGUCACUGUACUGAUUGGGGAUGUUGUGGUGCAGUUACUACAAAACUGGGUUGUUGUGGUGGACUAUCAGACUGUGACUUUGCCUUUCCUCAAAGAGCCAUACAUAUACAUAGAACGCAAGACAAACACAAUUUUACUGAACACCAAUAUUGGAGUAAAGGUGCUAUGGGAUGGGAAGUCCCACUUGGAAGUGAGUGUUCCCGGGACAUACAAAGGACACAUGUGUGGUCUCUGUGGAAAUUUCAACAACUACCCCCAGGAUGACAUGAGGAUCCGCACUGGACAGAUUGUCUUAUCUGAGGCUGCCUUUGGAAAUAGCUGGAAGGUUCAAGCUGAGAACCAAACCAAUGCACACUGUACCGAUGGAGAGGAUAUUGACCCGUGCAAGGAGGCGGGAUACCGUGCACGCAAGGAGGGCAAUGCUAAGUGCAAGAUCCUGAAGUCCAAGGUGUUUGAGCGCUGCCACAAUGUGGUCCUGCCAGAGAUGUUCUUCGCCUCCUGUGUUUAUGACCUGUGUGCCUGCGGGUCCAAUGGGGAUGACUGCUUGUGUGAUGCUCUGGAGGCCUAUGCUUCAGAAUGCAGGGAGUCUGGAGUCAUUCUUCAGUGGAGGUCACCUGCUCUCUGUGCUGUGGGCUGUCCCCAAGACCGUGGUUAUAUUUUCGAUGAGUGCGGCCCUCCUUGCCCCAAGACUUGUUUCAACAAAGACGUGCCUCUGGGAGUGAUAGAGGCCCACUGCUUCAAACCCUGUGUUCCGGGCUGCCAGUGCCCAGCGGGCUUGGUGGAGCAUGAAUCGCACUGCAUCCAGCCAGAGGCCUGUCCCAAGAUUAUCUACGGCAACAUCUGAGAAAUAAAUACAAUAAGGAAACCUCUUGAACUUUCAACCAUCACAAUAAUGGUGCUAUAACUUACAGACAUUGCACAGGAGGAAACCAGUUAUGACAUUAGAUUUUGUUUUUAUCUUUAAGUCCAUAGUACAUUAAUUAAGUAUUAUCAGUGCCCCUUUUCAUAGUGUUCUCCCUGUAUGAUCAAGGGAAUUUAAGCCAUGAAUGUGGGGAGUAUGAGUAUGAGUUUGAAAUAGAGCAUUAACUGAGGCAGAGAUCUCAUAUAAUAAGCAGAAACUGGUGCUUUAUUUCAUAACUAAUUUACUUCCAGAGCAGUUAGGGUUAAAUUUCACAGAGAAUACACUUUCUCAGGAUUCUCUGGGUAUAUUUCUGUGUUAAAGAUUCUUGCCCAAGAACAGGGACUGUAACGAGUGAAAUAUAUUUGUUACAGUAUAUAUGCAAUUAUUUGUGAAUCGUUUUGUUCAUAGCUGGGUGAAAAAUAGUAUUGUCAAACCCUAAGAAGUAUAUUGAAUUUUGUGACAUUUUCAAGACCACUGUUUUUUAGUUUUUUUUUUUUUAUACAAACAAAAAGUUUCAGUUUUUUUACUGUAUAUUAUUUAAACAUAUAUAAUACUACUGUAUCAGGUAUUGCUUGCUUAUAAAAGUAAUAUCUCAGUUUUAAGAAUAUUAUUUUAAACAGCUGAAAGGAGCCUUAUGUGGCCUGGAGUGUACACACACCAAGAGAAAUUAAAAGUAAGGUUUUAAGAUUUAUCCUGUUCAGACCCAGGGACCACACAUGUCCAUGUGACUAAUGGGAUUUCUCUGUGUAUGAAAAAUAAGUCAGGAGUGAAGGAGAUUGACUAACCUGUGAGUUAAAUUAGGUUGGUGUUGUGAGAACCUGUGCAAGGAAUUGGCUUGUUAUGUUCUGGACUGAUCACAAACUAAGCGGUACAAUUUAGAACAGCUUACCAGUGACUAUGGCUGCCUUCCGAGGACCAAUAAAUUAGUUCUAGGAAUCAGUUAGGGGGAUUGUCAAUUUGCUUUCAGUAAUGUUAAAAAAAUGGUAUGUACAAAAUGUUGUUGAUCAUAAUAUUGCUUGACUGUUUGCAUACCUUCAUGACAUACAGCUGUCUGAUUGAAUAAAAAGAAAAAUGUAAUUCUUUCAAAUAACAGUGGUUUUAUUUAUAUGAUUUCACUGUGCUAAAUCAAAGUAGAUUUUAUUUUAUGUUAUAUAUAUAUAUAUAUAUAUAUAUAUAUAUAUAUAUAUAUAUAUAUAUAUAUAUAUAUAUAUAUAUAUAUAUAUUCCUUUUUUAUAUAUUUCUUUAUUCUUUUAGAAAUCACUUGAUAUUUGUGAAAAGGUGUUGUUUUGUAACCCAAAUGUAUUUAAUACUGGGUUCAAACUGUGAUUUGAAGUAUUUUUAGAAAUACACAACAACAUUAUCAGUGAUACUGGUUAUAUGUUUGUAUUUAUUUUGUUUGGGUUUUUUUAUUGUGUUUUAUUAAAAUAUGUUUUCUUAA